AUGGACGAAACAACCGCAGUCACCGAAACCCUAACAACUUUGUCAUUACCGAUUCUUCCGUUUGAAUUUGUAGAAGAAAUUCUUUGUCGUUUGCCGGUGAAGCUUCUCCUUCAACUUCGAUGUCUAUGUAAGUCCUUUGAUACCCUAAUUUCUGAUCCCAAAUUCAUUAAGAAACAUCUUCACAUCUCAACCGCGUGCCCCCGCCUCCUUAUAUUCUCCGACGACGACUACUCCUAUGAACUGUCUUACCCACUUCACUUCAAUUUUAGUGUUGUCACCAAUAAUGCCACCCAACACUACUGCCCUUUCAAAAUCCACUGCCCUUCUAUCUUGGGCUCUUGUGACGGAAUGUUUUGUUUGAAAUUCAAUGGAUCUAUUACUUUGUGGAACCCUUCCAUUCAAAAACUCAAAACAUUACCUUCUUUAGAUGCACGUGGACGUUGUGGUUUUCCUUCCUAUGGUUUUGGAUUUGAUACUUUAAUUAAUAACUAUAAGGUGAUUUGUGUUUUUCCCAAUAUUGGUAGCCAUGCAAAAAGUAUAGCUAAAAUAAUGGUUCAUACAUUGGGUACUAAUUCGUGGAGAAUGAUUGCAGGUGAGUUUCCUAUCCCAAGAAUUAGGUCGUUGAAAUUUGUUAGUGGCAAACUCAACUGGAUUGCUUCUAAAUUUGUUGUUUCUUUUGAUUUGGGGAAUGAGUCUUAUUUUUUGCCUCCUAAGUUAGGAGGGGAGGUUGUGAAUAAUAGGAUCUUAGAAGUCUUGAGGGGUUGUUUGUGUAUCUUUGUUCAUAGUCACAUGUUUACUAGUGUUUGGAUGAUGAAGGAAUAUGGAAAUGAGGAGACUUGGACUCAAUUAUUUCGCGUCUCUCGCACGGAAAAUCCGUUCUUUGAUCUAUUUGCCAAGCCAGUAUGGAUUUCUGAUGAAGACCUAGUGCUGACGAAGAGGGAACAAACACCGGCAUCAUGGAAAAUGAAUUUCGCCAUUUGUAAUUUCAGAAACAGUGUUUUUAGAAUUCAAAUAAUUCAAAGCAUGAAUGGUUGGUGUACUCCUGAAGUCUACAUUGAGAGUUUGGUAUCACCUUGUUUUUAA